CACAGGUGGGACCUCCUCCUCCUCCUCCUCCUCCUUCUGCUGCUGUUUACACACCAACUGCUCACGGUCAAGGUUGACAGAGAUAUGUGUGGACCGGUCUGAAUACAGGAAGUUACAUCACGAGCAGCAGAGAGGUUGCCCUCUCCUGGAUUUGGAUGGGUACUAUGGGUGUGCAUGUGUGCGAGGAGAAGGGCCUAGAGGCUCAGCCACAGAUCCUCCCCACCCAUGAAGGACGCACACACACAUGCAGUGACACACAGUUUGUGUAAUGUGGUUUCGCAGCGAGGACAAGGGGAGCCUCCUGAUCCAGAGUAAAGCCGGGGUACCUCAGCAGGAUGAAAAGAGUCUGGAGAAGAUGACAGAGACUGACAGACUCCCCCUGAUUCUACUCUGGCUGGAAACCCAAUUAUUCAACACCAUUCUCAUCUGAUGAGAUUUAGACCUUUCCAAGCCUUUCCAGUGGACCUGCACAGUUUUAGCACAGUUUCGACCAUCAAGGUACCAUGGGAAAUGUAUUUCAGUGCUGUCAGACAUUGUCCAAGUACUUUAAGUUUAAGGACACGCCAGCCCUGGGUGGGGCGGAAAGGUCCCCCCUGCUAUCAAGCGACGAGAGCGAAUGCGAGUCCCCGAGCCUGCCGGAGUACUUGGAGGAGGACCUGUCGACCGUCUCCUCCGGCCUGACGAACCCAGCCCUAGAACCAGAGCACUUCCUGUUUCCUGACAUCAUCCUGAGCAGCAACCCGGGAGGAGACGUGACUCUGGUGGAGCCCAUGGUGUGUCUGCUGGUGUCCGAGGAGGAUGAGGAGAGAGGAGGUGACGGCGUGGGGGUGGACGAGCUGGCAGGAGGUGAAGGACAGGCGAGGAACAGCAGGGGAUACUCUGAGGUCGAGACGCAGACCGAAGCUGAGACACAGAUUGGGAUGGGGGUUCAGACUCAGACGGAGACACAGGCAGAGGUUCAGACGCAAACAGAAAUACCUGAAUGUAGUAAUGACAUAAAUGAAGUAAAUGCAGUAGCAACCACCGGCGUCACAGAACUGAUAGAUGUGGAUGAUCGGGAAAAGAAACAAGUGGUUUUAGAGCCACAUUCAGAGACUGACACAAAACAAAAGAAGAAAAAGAAAAGUAAAGACUCUGGAUCCUGGUCUGAAAUGAAAGCGUUUGCAGAGUUAAAGCCACCACUGAAGGUGGAAAAACCACAUGAGUUUGAAGUAACUUUAUUAAAUCAAACAUUACAAACUGCACAAGACACAAAGAUAAAGGAGGAGACUGAGUAUCAACAGCACUCACUGUUGACGCAGGAGCGUGAAAAGGAUGAAAAACAGCACACGGAAGGAGCACGCACCUCUGUGACGCUGGCUGAACAGAAGGCAAAUAACGUGGAUGGAAACACUGCUGCUGUGGAGACGCACAAACGUCAGGGUAAUGGAGAAGCGGAAGAUCAGACUGUAAAUGAAAUGGAAGAAACAAACUCUGAGUACGGCUCUGACCUGCAGCGUGUUUUUAAGUUGGAGGAGGAAGAAGGGGCUGAGAUAAAGCAGAUGACCAUGUUUUUGGUCGACCGACUGUUUCUAGCAGCGCCACAGGUCAAAGCACCUCCAAGUCAGACAGAAGAGUUUGCUAGUGCUGAUCCUUCACAGUCUGAAUGUGACAAAGGGAAGCAACUUAGCAUCCGGGACAUAGUUGAUCUCCAGGAGACGGCAUUUACCGUCAGAAUUCAGCCUCCCGGCGCAGAGAGUUUUGAGCUUCAGGUGUCAGGCCAGAUGUUGGUGGUGGAGCUGCAGCAGGUGCUCAUGGACCACGAGGUCACCUGCCACCGCACAUGCUUCUCCCUCCAGCUGGGAGGCACGGCGCUCGACAGCCUCGCAGAGCUGCGCUCCAUCCAGGGCAUCCAGGACGGAGCGCUGAUCAAGGUGGUGGAGGAUUCGUACUCGGUGCGUGAUGCCCGUCUUCAUCUCAGACAUGUGCGUGACCUCCUGAGGAGCCUUGACCCUGCAGACGCCUACAAUGGAGUCAACGGCAGCUCGCUGUCUUACCUCAGCUUUUACACCAAGGAAGACAAAGAUGGUGAAAAUGCGGGGAAGAAGCGAGCCUCUGAAAAGGAGUCUGUUGACCCCAGUCCUCCAGAGUACGUCCUCCCUGGAUGUAAGGAACGACCGCUUACUCCACUGCAGCCUGUCAGAGGUGGCUGGAAGCCUCUGCAGUGCCUGCGGGUGUUGACCAUGAGCAGCUGGAACCCUCCUCCAGGAAACAGGAAGAUGCACGGGGACUUGAUGUACCUCAAUGUCGUGACUAUGGAAGACAAAGAACUCAACAUCACGUCCUCUACGCGAGGUUUCUACCUCAACCAGUCGACUGCCUUCAACUUCAACCCUAAACCUGCAGCUCCCAAAAUCCUUUGCCACUCUCUGGUCGAGCUGCUGAACCAAGUCAGCCCUUUAUUCAGGAAAAACUUCAAUGCCCUGCAGAAGAAGAGAGUUCAGCAGCAUCCUUACGAACGGAUCGCAGCACCGCUCCAGGUCUUCACUUGGGUCGCCCCUCAUGGAGACCACACCCUCGACUGCGUCCGAGCGGAGGAGAAUCACACCAGUCGUAUGGGCCAGGACGAGCACACCGCUGGGCAGAGUCGGGACUGGAACGAGGAGCUGCAGGGAUGCAGGGAACUCCCCAGGAACUCAGUUCAGGAGCGACUGCACAGAGAGAGGAGCAUAUUCAAGACCAACAGUGACUUUGUUGCUGCUGCAACGCGAGGAGCUGUGGCCGUCGUUGACGGUAACAUCAUGCCGUUAAACCCAGGGGAGUCGCCUCACAUGCAGAUGUUCAUGUGGAAUAACCUCUUCUUCAGCCUGGGGUUCGACUUGUCUGAGCACUACCGACCACUAGGAGGCAACACCGCUGCUCACGCUGCUGCCAGGUGUGACCUGAGAGGAGCACAGGCGUAUGCAUCUGUUGAUAUAGAUGGGCUUCACACUCUUGGAGCUGCUGUGGUGGAUUAUCGUGGAGUCCGUGUUAUUGCUCAAUCCAUCGUUCCUGGGAUACUGGAGAAAAAUCACGAGCAGUGUGUCGUCUAUGGCUCCAAUGACAAUGGAAAAACUGUUUAUACACAUCCGAGGUUUCUGGAGCUUCUGGAUAAAACCAGCAAACCGCUGAGGAUCCAACGCCACCAGGUCCUCGACCACAACAACAGCCCGGCCGAGCUUUGCUCUGGCAUCGAGACCAUAGGCAUCCUGGGUAAUGAUGGAAGACCUUACAUCCUGGACCUUCUGAGGACCUUCCCCGCAGAUCUAAACUUCCAGUUCUCAGAGACAAAGGAGUCAAAGGAAGAGGUGCCGAAGGAGUGUCAGAGCUUUGGGUACCCACAGCUACACCCUCAUAGCCUUGCCAGCCUCAGACCAGAGCUCAUAGAGGCCUUCGUCCAGCACAGGUAUGAACUUUUUGUAAAGAUGGUGUCUCAGAAGCUGAGCCACCUGGAGGAGCAGAGUGAGGAGAUCACCUGUGAGCUGAGCACUGGAGACAGAGAGAAUGACAUGGAACUUCAGAGGAGAAAUGUGAUCCUGAAAGCUUGUGAGGCCGUCGGAUCAGUGAGCGACUCUUCCUUUGACAUCCGCUUCAAUCCUAAUGUUUGCUCUCCAGGUGCUCGUUUCUCCCCGGAGUGCGUUGAUGAGGUUCAGAGGCAGAGACGGCUGUUGUGGGAUGCUGCUGCUUUUCUUCUGUCCAAUCAGAUCCCAGCAGUGUUGAGGGACUGUCUCGACCACACAGCGGUGCCGAUGGAUGGGGUGACCCUGAAAACGGUGCUGCACCAGCGUGGCGUCAACGUACGAUACCUGGGCUCCGUACUGAGCGAGAUGGACAAGGUGGAGGAGAGAGACAGACUGAGCCACGUAAAGAGAAUUGCCGUCAGUGAAGUCAUCAUCAGAAGUUCCAAACACAUCUUCAAGACCUAUCUGCAGGGCGUAGAACCAGCAGCUUUCUCCGCCGCUGUCAGCCACUUCCUAAACUGCCUCCUGAGCUCAUCCUCCUGCCUCCCCGACUCCUGCUCGGACGAGCUGCUCUCCCGUCGCCGGAGCCGGCGCCGCCGGAGCCACGGGAGUCGAGUCGCCUCGUUGACAGACAGUGUUUGGGCCAGACUGACUUCCAGUGAGCUGUGGGGGAGGAUCAGGGCCGAGGCUCGAGAUUAUUACCACUACACGCUUGACAGUGAAAGUAUAGAUGAGGUGAUAGAAAAGCACGGACUUCAGAGGAUCUCCCUACUGAGAGAGAUUGCCAUCAAGACGGGCAUCCAGGUGCAGCUGAGGGAGUAUGCAUUCGAGUCUCGACACAGGCCCGUGUUCAGCGAGGAAGACGUCGUCAACAUGUUCCCUGUGGUCAACCAUCUCAAGUCUACAUCGAUGGACGCCACACGGCUUGUGCAACAAGCGCAGGUUGCAGUACAGCAGGGGCUUCUCAGAGAUGGAUAUGAACUCAUUGGCCAGGCCCUGACCCUGUUCAACAGCGUGUGUGGCGUCCUCCACGAGGACGUGUCCAUGUGCUUGCGUCUCCUGGGACGCCUCAGCUACAUCUUGGGGGAAAAUGCAGAUGCCCUCAGCCACCAGGAAAAGGCAGUUAUGAGCUCUGAGAGAGUUCAGGGUAUCGACCAUCCACAGACCAUACAGGACUAUACUUUUCUGGCCUUGUACUGCUUCGCUGGAGGACGGCAACUGAUGUCCCUACAGCUGUUGUACCGUGCUCGGUACCUCACCCUCCUUGUCAGUGGAGACGACCAUCCGCAAAUCGCACUUCUCGACAGUAUGCUGGGCCUGGUUCUUCAUGGUCUGAUGGAGUACGAGCUUUCUCUGAAGUACCUACAAAAUGCCUUAACUUUAACCUCAAAAUACCACGGAGCCACAUCCGUGAAGUGUGCACACAGCCAUCAUCUGCUCGCCACCGUGUACGAGAGUAAAGGAGAAUAUCGAGCAGCUCUACAGCACGAGAGAGAGGCUUAUUCAAUAUAUAAGAGCCAGGUUGGUGAGAACCAUAACAACACGAAGGAAAGCUCUGAGUACCUGAGGAGCCUCACGCAGCAGGCCGUGAUCCUUCAGAAAGCCAUCAACCUCAUCUACAGCAACACCCCUAGUGCCUCUACACCACCUCCAAAGUUUUCCACGCCAAGCCUUUCCACAAUCCUUCAGCAGCUCAACCUGACAUGUGGAAUCAUUCUCAUCCCUCUCAGUGCAAAGGAAAUUGCAGACCUGAAGACUGAGUUGAAAAGGAAGGAAAAGGUAAACGCGGACGAGCUGGAAAAUCAAUUACUGAAGUAAAAAGUCUUGGGAACUGAAGACGUCAGAUGAUACUGAAGAAUGGACUAAAGUGACACUUUUCUGGAUAUUCUGAGAAAAUGGCCUUGAAUUAUGAGCAACAAGGGCAAAUGAUGACCAACUGGUUGUUUAGGUUAUCCAGGUGCAGCUCAUCUGUGCCAUGAUACUGCUUUGGUUUAAAGGACAUGGGAUCCAUGAAUGCAAGUUAUAUCUUUGAGAGCAAACUUGUACAGCUCCCCCCUUUGUUGUCAGAAAAUUUCUCAAAAAUGAGCAGAGUUUGGGAGGUGUUUCAGACUAUAAAUGUAGCAAAAACCUGUUAAAAGUGCAUUUUCCCUGCAUUUUUAAACGUCAACGUGCAAUGCUCUCUGUGUCCACUGGGUUUCACACUUGGGCCACCAACAUUUCUGAGAGCAAAACUGAUGAGUUGUCUAUGUCUGGAUUUUUUGAAUGAGUAGCUACUAACAGUGUAUUUUAUUUAGCUGCAUUAAAACAACAUCAACAUGUGUACAUUCUGAGUUUUCAUUUUUGAAGAGCAAGUCAACUUAGUGGUACUUUGGUGGCUUUGUAGGCUAUACGAUGGAAUGUUAGACUUUGAUUAUUAAGUGACAAUUUGUGUGUAACUUUUUCAUAUGUGGCUUUCAGCUGUGGAUUUGAAACUGUACUCGUACAAUAAAAGAAUUACACGUUC